AAGCGGCGUGUCCGGCCUCAUCAAUCUGCAUUAAUAAUAGUUGGUUGGGCCGCGGGGAGCGGGCGGGGGUCCCGGGCCGGCCGGCCGGGCCGCUGGGAACGGGCUGUGCGGAGGGAGCGGAGCCGGGCGCGGCAGCGGCGGGCGGAGGGAGGAAGUGAAGCGUAAUUUGAGGAAGAUGGAUGAGUCCGGAGGGCGACACCCCCAGCCCGCCCGCCCGCCCCCUCCCUCCUUAUGAGAGAGAGGGAGCGCGGCGCCGGAGCCACACUGCGCCGAGCCCGCGCCCCGCCGCCACCUCGGCCGGGAGCCUGGGAGCGAGCCCUGCGUGUCCGCGCGGGGCGCCCGAGCCGCGGGGCGCACGGCGGCGCCCGGAGCUCCGGGCACGAUGCAGAGAGCUGGAGGCGGGGGCGCCCCCGGGGGCAGCGGCGGGGGCAGCGGUGGGGGCCCGGGCACUGCCUUCUCCAUCGACUCCCUGAUCGGGCCGCCGCCGCCUCGCUCGGGCCACUUGCUCUACACCGGCUACCCCAUGUUCGUGCCCUACCGGCCGCUAGUGUUGCCGCAGGCGCUGGCCCCUGCGCCGCUGCCGGCUGGCCUCCCGCCUCUCGCCCCACUAGCCUCCUUUGCCGGCCGCCUUACCAACACCUUCUGCGCGGGCCUGGGCCAGGCCGUGCCCUCGAUGGUGGCGCUGACCACCGCGCUGCCCAGCUUCGCGGAGCCGCCCGACGCCUUCUACGGGCCCCAGGAGCUCGCCGCUGCCGCCGCCGCCGCCGCCGCCCGGAGCAACCCCGAGCCGGGCGGCCGCCGCCCGGAGGGCGGGCUGGAAGCCGACGAGCUGCUGCCCGCCCGGGACAAAGUGGCAGAGCCCCCACCGCCCCCGCCUCCGCACUUCUCAGCGACUUUCCCAAGUCUGCCGGAGGGGAAGGUGUACAGCUCAGAUGAGGAGAAGCUGGAGGCACCAGCAGGAGACCCAGCAGGCAGCGAACAGGAGGAAGAGGGCUCAGGCGGUGACAGCGACGAGGAUGGUUUCCUGGACAGUUCUGCAGGGGCCCCCGGGGUUCUCCUGGGACCUGAACCGAAGCUCAAGGGAGGCCUGGGGACUGGAGCGGAGGAGGGGGCACCGGUGGCAGCGGGAGUCACGGCUCCUGGGGGCAAGAGCCGACGGCGCCGCACGGCAUUUACCAGCGAGCAGCUUUUGGAGCUGGAGAAGGAGUUUCACUGCAAGAAAUACCUGAGCUUGACAGAGCGUUCCCAGAUCGCCCACGCCCUCAAGCUCAGUGAGGUGCAGGUCAAGAUCUGGUUUCAGAAUCGGCGGGCCAAGUGGAAGCGCAUCAAAGCUGGCAAUGUGAGCAGCCGUUCUGGGGAGCCGGUGAGAAACCCCAAGAUCGUCGUACCCAUACCGGUGCACGUCAACAGGUUUGCCGUACGGAGCCAGCACCAGCAAAUGGAACAGGGGGCCCGGCCCUGAAGGGGCUCCCGAGGGUUCUGGAAGCAAAGGCUCUGUUCCGUGCCUGCUCCGAGACUGGGUCAGGGUGCUGCAGACCAGAGGGGCUACCACUGUGACCCUGCCCUGGGAGGGGGCUCAGGUGGCAACUAACUUCGUGCUGGGUGUGCUCUCCUGGCAAGCGGGACGUGGGCACCGGGCCCUGCGCCUAUUCCAGAGACCCUCAGACU